CAUGUGACCGCGGUCUUGCAAUUUCCUGCGGGCCGUUUUCCUGCAAUAGCCCGGGCAGCAAGUGGGCUCUGUCGCGGGCUCUUGGGAGCGUCCACGGGCGGCCGAGGACAAGCCCGCCCGGGGCGGCCGCAAGUGCCAGAGUCGUGAGUAAACUUAAGAAGGGCAUUCGUCUUCAGGAAGGUCCUGGGAAAAUGAAAACACGUAGCACAUUGUCAAGAAGAUUUAGAGGGAAUAUUUCCCAGACUCCUGACCAAACAGAAGCUUGUGAGAGUCCGGAGGAGUCAGAAAAUGAAAUCAGAAAAUCUCCUGGGAAGAGACAGAGAAAAUCCCCUUCCCAAGAAGUAAGUGUCAGGCAACCUGAAGAUGAUGAUCACACUGAAGAUAAACCAAACACAUCCGACCGUGAGAAUGACUCUGUUUUGAGCCCAGGCCUUGUUGAGCAAGAGACAGUGCACGUGGAAGAGAAACCCUAUCAGUGUUCUGAAUGUGGGAAAAGCUUCAGUCGAAACUCCUAUCUUACUCAGCAUCAGAGAAUCCAUGUGGCAGAGAAACCCUUUGGUUGUGGUGAAUGUUUGAAAAGCUUCAUUCGGAAUUCAGACCUGGUUAAACACCAGCGAAUCCACACAGGAGAGAAGCCUUAUCAAUGCAACGAGUGUGAGAAAACCUUCAGUCAGCGGUCAAAUGUUAUCAGACACCAGAGAACCCACACGGGUGAAAAACACUACAAAUGUAAAGAAUGUGGGAAGAGCUUCAGUCAGAAUUCACACCUCAUUGUACACCAAAGAAGCCACAAGGGCGAGAAGCCCUACCAUUGUACUAGAUGUGAGAAAAGCUUCAGUGAUUGCUCAUCGCUUAUUAUACACAGAAGAAUCCACACGGGGGAGAAACCCCGUCAAUGUAAAGAAUGUGGGAAAAGGUUCCGUGACAGCUCCGCCAUCAUCCGACACCAGCGAAUCCACACGGGAGAGAAACCCUACAAAUGUGGUGAUUGUGGAAAGAGCUUCCGACAGAGCUCAUCGCUUAUUACCCACAGAAGAACGCACACAGGAGAAAAGCCCUACAAAUGCUCAGUGUGUGACAAAAGCUUCAGUCAGAGUUCGGCACUUGCGACUCAUCACCGAAUCCAUACAGGAGAAAAUCCCUAUCGAUGUUCUGAAUGUGGGAAAACCCGGAGUGAUCGCGCCGCACUUAUUUCACAUCGGAGUGUCCACACACAAGGAAAACCUUACAAGUGUGCUGAAUGUGGAGAAAGCUUUAGACGGAGCUCCGCACUUAAUGUGCAUCUGAGAAUCCACAGAGGCGAGAGACCAUAUACAUGUGAUGAAUGUGGGAGAACCUUCAGACAAAGCUCAGCCCUUGAUGCGCAUUCGCGAAUCCACACAGGAGCAAAACCCUAUAAAUGUAGUGAAUGUGGAAAAAACUUCAGACAGAGCUCAGCACUUAAAGUGCAUUUGAGAGUCCACACAGGAAAGAAACCCUAUAAAUGUAUUGCGUGUAGGAAAAGUCUCAGUUUGCGUUCACAUUUAGUAUAGCGGGGGUGUCCAAACAAUGGCUUGUGAACUGCAUGCGGCUCUUUUACAAUUAAACGGCAGCUCGCAGAUCCCCCUCCCCCCAUUUUCCAUCGACCAGACUGGGGGGAGCUUGAUACCUCUGCCUUUCAGCGGGAUGGUGGGGUAGGGCCUUCUGCCCAGAGGGGAGGGGGUCUCAGGGUUUCAGCCCUGUGGGGCAUGCCUGCUGGGCUUAGGGCUUUAGCAGAAGUGGGGUUGAAGCUCCAAGACCCUGUAAGGUGCCUCCCAUGGGGCUGAAGCCCAGAGCCCAGGCAGCUCUCAAACUUCUGAAGAUUGUCAAAUGUGGCUCAGAGGGUCAAAGUAAGUUUGGCCACCCCUGUAGUAUAGGAUUAGAGUGGCAAUAUGGAACAGAAAGCAGUAGCAGACAUUGGUUAUCUGGGGUAUAUAAAAAGGAGUGAGGCCCAGAUUCAGAAAGGAGUCUAAGUUUCAGUUUUAGGCACUGCUGCAAACCACGAACCCUCCCCUUCUCCCCCCCCCCCCCCCCAGUAAGCUGCUGCUUAAUUCUGCAGGCACCUAAUUCAUUUGGCACCUAAAUUUUCACUGUAACCAUCUCCUAGUCACAUAAGUGUUGGCCUCUGGGCAUGCACCCUGCCACCUCACUGGAAGCAUCUGGACACCUAAACACCAGCGUGAUGCUUGGAGCAGGGGAAGUUGGGUGAUCCUCCUACCUUGCCUGCAGAGCCCAUGCCAGUAGGCAUAUUCUGAGCAGACCUAGCAGAUUCGGGCUACAUUCAAAAUCCUGAUGGAGUAGAGGAGCCUCCUCCCCUAUAACUUUUAGCCUAGUGGUUAAAACACUUACCCAGGAACAAGUGGAACAGCUUCAACAUGAGAGAUUGAGGACACCCCACAUCAGAGUUAGGGAUGUAAAAUAUUAAACUGUUAACUGGUAAGCACUAGUCUUACCAGUUAACCCACCCUAACCGUUACCCCCAGCUGCAGCCCCGGGCCGGCCAGAGAGGCCCCAGGCCGGCCGGAGCGGCCCCUCUCCCUAUAAUUGGUUAAACGAUUAAAUGAUAUUUCAAUCAUUUUAACGGUUAACUUUUUAAACAAUAUUUACACCCUAAUCAGAAUAUCCCAUAGCCCAGUGGUUUGGGCAUUUUCCUCAGAGAUAGGAGAUCCCUGUUCAAAUACCUUCUUCCCUUCAGGCAGAGGAGGGGAAUUGAACUGGGCAUGAGUGUAGAGAAACAAGAGUGGAAGAGAGCUGGUUGUUGGACUGAUCAUUUUGAUAUCAGAGAGAGGUGAUUGAUGCUAGAAAAUUGGGGUAUUCUGGAAAGAAUGAGUGAAUUGUGGGGAGCUGAGUACUGGUGGAGUGGGUUGUUUUAUAGAUUGUGCGGAGGAGGUGUAAUGUGGAUCUGAGGGAUGGGGUGUUGGGUGCUGGAUAAUUUGGGGAUAGGGAGUGGGGAUUUGUGGUAGAAUAGAAAGGGAGAUUUUUUUAGAUUUUUAUCUUAUUUUAUUUACAUACAAGAAGGUUAAAAUAAAUUCCAGAUUGGUUCUCAGCCACACCUUCAGUUUACUACAAAUUGUAAGCAGUCCUGGGGAUGUCAUCUCUUCUUGAACUGUGGAUGGCAAAGUAAUCUGUUUUUGGUGACUCUCACUGAACAUAAAUCAGUAAUGUCACUAGAUUUUAGAUACGGGAUUUGGGUUAUUUCCUUUCUUUGAUCUUAAAGAUUCGGAGCUCUGUCUGUUUUUCUUCCUCUUUCCAAGAGAUUUACGGUAGGACUUCAGAGUUCUGAACUGACCAGUCAACAACACAUCUCAUUUGGAACCAGAAGUACACAAUCAGGCAGCAGCGGGUGCGGGAAGCAAGUACUGUACUGUGUUAAACGUAAACUACUAAAAAAAGGGAAAGCAGCAUUUUUCUUCUGCAUAGUAAAGCUUCAAAGCUGUAUUAAGUCAAUGUUCAGUUGUAAACUUUUGAAAGAACAACCAUAAUGUUUUGUUCAGAAUUACAAACAACCUCCAUUCCCAAGGUGUUCGUAACUGUGAGGUUCUACCGUAUUCAGUUUAAAGGACUCUUACCUCCAUAAGCAAAAAUCAGGAGACACACUGAAAUCAAAGAUUUCAGAGUAACAGCCAUGUUAGUCUGUAUUCGUAAAAAGAAAAGGAGUACUUGUGGCACCUUAGAGACUAACCAAUUUAUUUGAGCAUAAGCUUUCGUGAGCUACAGCUCACUUCAUCGGACACAGUAUGCAUCCGAUGAAGUGAGCUGUAGCUCACGAAAGCUUAUGCUCAAAUAAAUUGGUUAGUCUCUAAGGUGCCACAAGUACUGAAAUCAAAGUGAAGUGGCUGCUCUCAAAGAGGAUGGAUACAUAAACACUUUCACAGUGAGUGGUAUCCAUCUUUUCCUCCCUGGCAGCAUCUCUAGAAUUUGUCUCUUCUCAUUGAAACACCUUUAGCAUGUAGAGCGGGAGACUAACAAAACCUAAGCAAGCAAUAAUGUAACCUUCUCAUUUAAACAAAACAAAAGAAGCUUUUGGAUGUCCUAGCUAUACCCAUUUCACAUUUUGGGUUCCCAUGGAAGCCAGAGACUGUUUCCAGUUUUCUAGUCCUUUUGGUAAUGCAAUACUUUUGUUCCUUCUUUAACUAGUUACUGCUAGUAAAAUGCUUUUAACAUAUAAAGCACUACAUAAUUGCUCGCAAUGAUAAUUACUUUUAUUACUACGUUAAUGUUUCCAUAUUACCUAAAACCCCCUCUCCAUAUUGUAUAUUACUAUUAUUGUUGCACUUGUUACUGUCAACAGUAUCUCCAUAUUAUAUAAAACCUCUUUUCUCCCUAUUGUCCCAUCUUUUGUUCUUGAAUGUCUUUCAGGUGGGGCGAAAUCCUGGCCUCAUUGAGGUCAGUGGCAAAAUUCACAUUAACUUCAGAGGGCCAGGAGUUCAUCCCUGGAGUACUUCAUAAAAUAUUAUAUAAAGAAGAGAUACAGUAGUCCUAUAUGAGGAGGUUUUAUUUCUGUGGAAUGGGAGAUUCAGUUUUUUGGAGAGGUAUAGGAUGUGCUGAAUUCUGCCUCAUGUAAUUUUAUACAUGAAUGAUAUGUCACCAUAUCUGAACAAAGGCAACACAAACAGAAAAUGUUUAAAGCGAGGCAAUGAAGAAUCAGAGGAGCUUUCCAUAUGAGAAGAGGUUUAAAGGGCUAGGACUGUUAAGUUUGAGAAGAGUGAGAGAGAAUACAAUAGAAUUUCAUAAAAUGUGAAGGCUCCUACUUAUUUGUCCCUUAAUACAAGAACAAGGGAACAUUCAGUGAAAUUAAAAGGUAGCAAAUAUAAAAUGGAUACAAGUUUUUUUUAAGGCAAUGUAUAAUCUGUGGCAUUCAUGGCUAAAGAAUAACCAAAGAAUAACUGUAUCAAAGAGCUUAGUAAAUGUAAAAAAAGGAGAGGAUGGGGGCGAGGAAGAUUUAGGCAUUUGUGAAUGAAAACAGCAUCUGGGAGGAUAAAAACCAGCUGGUGUAGGGAAAAAAUCUUCCCUAUGGUAUGCUAUUGCACAAUUAGAUGGAUUGUAUGUUUCAAACCUUCCUUUUGAGCAUCUGGCAUUAGCCACUGUUGUUACCUGUCAGCAUAGUGUUCUUGGGGAACCAGGGCGCAGUAUUUAGCCUGUCUGACUCACGAAAGACCUGCCCCCGCAGCCUCUUCUUAAACCAAAGCCGAUCAGAAGAAAGACUUACAAAAAACAAUGAAAAGGCAGUGGGAGACACACCUGAACUCCUGGAACAAGGAUUAAGGAAACUCCCCUAGCCUCAUUUGCAUCGAAGAUGGGACAGGGAGGCAUCUCCAUUAGCAUACAGGAUGGAGAACAGAGAUUCCAAGGCAAGAACCACAUGGAACUUUGGGACUACGGAAGCACUGCAUGAUGGGGGAUUUCUGCUCCUGUUAAUGAACCCAUGCCUGCACACACCCAACUCAGUAGUUAUCAGACCAAUUCUAGUAAUAAAUCCUUUCUUGGUAUCCAAAAUACUGAAGCCCCCUAAUUUCAUUGUGAGCUCCCUCCAAGGAAUACGGCCCAUAGCCAGGAAUGACCAGUUCCUAUUGUCUAGCCUGAACAAAACAACUUUGGUAUAGUCUCUUGAGCCAUUAGUUUACCCAUAAACAAAUCUAGUGUUCUCCUUUAAACCAUUGUUGUUUUCCUACAAAAACCCCUACCCAUGCUCAAGUAAGUGUUUUGAUGCCUGGAUCCAAAAUUUGAAUCUGUUCCAUUGGGACUUCAUCUUCUCCUGACUGAUCAUGCUGGGGGCUCUGCCUGUCUCCUGCACUCCAGACCCUCAGCUACCAUUACUAUCUGGGACCCCUAAUCGAUUCAAGUUUCAGGGAAUGAUGAGAACUCAGCUCUCUCUCUCUCUAGGUAUAGCCUUCUGACCAUGACUUGUGUGAUCAGUUAUUUCUAAACCUGACUUUUAUAAUCAAAUUUAAGUUAGAUUUAAUACUAUAAUUGUUUUGCUUGUUUGGAUCCCCUGUGGUUAUUACCUGGCAAUAAAUAACUUUCAUGGUUAA